AUGGUGGGAGAGCAACACCUUCCGUUCGUCCUCUACGCGGUAUGCACUGUUGUGCUUCUUGCUCAAGGAAGUCAAGGUACCAUGAAGUAUUUGCUUAUUGAAAUGUUUUAAGAACAUGCUUUUGAAUGCUGAUAUUUAAAGGUCAUUUUCUACGGUAAAAUUCAUGAAAGAUUCAUUUCAAGAAAGAGCGCGGUAAUCGGGGGUGGGGCGCGCAAGGAAAGCGCAAGCUACUGAACUAUGUUCAAGGCCAUUGCGUAGAAGGCGUUUGGAAAUUAUAAAAAUAUUGCAGCCACCGUAAAUAGCCCUGAGGCAACGGGAGCUUACUUUUACUAAGACACUUUUCUUCUCUUAUAGCAAUCAGUUUCAAAGCUGGAAAAACCAACAUCACUGUCAAAAGUCCAGGGUUGUUCGCUUGUGAGACAAUCACAUUUGCUGAAUCGUUCUCUGGUGGAAAGCAAGUAAAAGUCUUUGCUUCCUUUGGUCACUCAGUUAACAACCAGGCCCGUGGUAAUGGUGCUGCUAUUUGGGUGGAAUCGGCAGAUAGAACUCAAUUCCGCGCUUGUAUCUACGAGUACAGCGACGGCUCAAAUUCAACCGCUGAGAUAAACUGGAUUGCCCUACAAUCUGCUCCUAAAGGAGUACAACUAGGAACCACUUCCCUGGACUCUUGGACUACCAGAACAGAAUGUAAAAAGAUCGACUUUCCUCAGGUACGUUCCAUUUUGCUAUGAUUACUACAAGCUAGGUUCCCAUGGGGGAUUAACCUAAAAAAGGCAGAAACUGGUGAGUUAUGUAAGGUAUAGUUAAAGGAUGUAACUCACGACCGCAAAUGCGAUUCCUCUAAAGGAACUUAACCAGCUGUUCAAUCAAUAAAUUUAGACAGAAAAUUGACGUCACUUAAGUUUCAAGUUCAAUUACCUGUAUACAUUUGUACGUGCUAUUAUGCACGGACUUCACGAUUUAACAGGAAAUGACGAUAAAAGUCUAAAAGGUGAAUCGUUAGUUUGUUUUAAUUUCAGAACGAUUAAUACAAUGAUACAGCGUACUUUGUACUGUGAUCUUUUUUUGUUGCGCGGCUCUCCCUCUUUGUUUUCCUGUAUUUUGUUUUGCUGUUUUUCUAUUUUGUUUUUUGGAAUGCGCAGUAUUAUAACUAAGACAGAUGUCCGUGACUCCUUGACCCACACUAGCCCACUCUUAUUAUCACCUAUUCCCACUCCCCGACCUCAAACCCUCUCACUCUUUCAUCCGUUGAUUAUUACACUCUCAGAUAUGAGAGUCGAAAAGCAAUAAAACAUUGGCAUUAGAAGUCAGGCUUACGCUCCCCACCGUAAAUCUAUUUAGAGAAUCUUUCAUGAAAUAUAAUCAUUAAAGACAGUACACGAACUGAAAUUAAAUUAUUUAGGAAUGAUAUUGGAAGAUAUAACUUGUAUUUUUGGCCAAAUUUGUUUUGUAAUUUAAAUAACUUUACACAAAGUAAUUAUAUUUUACGAUAGCUGGUACUGUUUGUAAAAUAUUGUUGUCCUUUUCUCACGCCUUCAAUGUGAGUGUCUCCUUCCAGAAGAAGUUUUUUCUGUAUGUGGGUGAAAGUCCGUGUAAUAUUAUGAGUCGCGCGUAAAUAAAUCAGAAAGAUUAUUUUUUGUUGUUUUUGCAGCUGCUGCUGUUGUUGUUGUAGAGAGAUGAAGCACUGUUUACUAGAUUGCUUGAUUUAACUUAAGUCACGGUCCCUGAAUAUAAUUUUUGGUGUUUACACCGUGAUGAAUGAGUUGUAAAUUUCCUUUGUCCUUUUUUUUUUUUUUCUUUUUUUUUCAGGGUCCUUUAACUCAUUCAUCUUUUUUCUUUCCUUAUUUAAAGCGUUUUGCGACUCCUCCAAUCGUACUUUCGACUCCUAGUCACCAGUUUCCUGAGAGACCUCAAGACGCCAUGGCAGUGUGGGUGGAGGAGUUUACUGAAGACAGUUUUAAAAUCUGUCUCAGGGAAGUAAAAAUUUUCGACGGACUUCACAAAGGCAUUACUAUUGUAAGCAGAGAUAAAAUACCUGUAUCCAAUUGCAUCGACUUUUCUUAGCUACACAUAUAUUGUAUUGUAUACAAAAUUUACCAGAAUACUUACAAAUAAAUAGUCGAACUAACCAUACAUUUUUAGUUUUGAAAUAUCAUUCCUGGCAGUUAUUCCUUUAUUAGUGCCUAGACUGCAUAAAAAAAAAGAAAAAUAUGUGUACAAAAUACCUACAGUGAUAAGAAAGUAAUUGAUUCUAUUAGAACCACCUUCAAGACAUUUGAUGAAAAAAGUAAACAAAAACCAAAUUAAAAGAAACAAAAACUGUCAGUGCAUUCAUAUCUCUGUUACCAUGUGUACGUGAGUAAAAGGUACUCAAAUUAAAUCUUACCAGAAGGUUUUAUAAAAUGAUAUACUUAGGUUAUCAGCUCAGUACUCUUUUUGUUAAAUUAUAAUCAGGUUCCUACUUGAGUAAACUCCUAUAGGGACUGGUCCAAUUCCUUGG